AUGGAUCUGGCCCACAUUGAAGACCAACUAGGGCAGCAGGAGAUAUCCAUUAGCUAUUUUGAUCCGUUUGCGCUCUUUGAGUCUGUGAAGAAUGAGUUUUUAAGCAUAUUCCCGUUGGAGGAUGUUCGGUGGAAGUCCCCUACGGGCACCACUAAAACAGUGCCACGAUUGCCCAUAACGCUGGUCUCGGAGACAGAUGUGCCGGCAACGGAUACGAAAGAGCCUCCAAAGAAGCAAAUGCCCUUUAUCAAAAUAAUUAUUGUUACCUGUUUAACGGUAGACGACUACAGAUCGAAGGUGAGGCCCCUAUUAAGAAGAUGGUUACCUGUCGUUGGGGAGGAGGAGGCAGAAAUUGGGGAACCUGUGCUGCCAAUAAUAUUCAUGUACGCCAAUUCUACUGUGACGGAUACUAAUAUCUUUAAAACUGUAUCCAUAAAGGAAAAGAUCAAUAAAGAUUUCCCCGGUGUGCAAGUGCUUGAACUGAAGUCUGUGUAUAAGUCUCCGCGAGAAAAGGAGGAAUUUUGGUCUCAUCUUUCUCAAAACUUUAAAGUUCAAGUGGUGGAUAUAUUGAAAGAACGGUUAGGGGUAUUGACGCUUAGACUAGCCAAGUUAACCAAUGCUAAACAAGUGCAAGAAAGGUUACUCGCUAGAGAGGAACUGUUACAACUGUUUCUGAAAUUCAAAUUAACUGACGAGGCAUAUUUACAAAUUAAAGCCAUUAGGGAAAAGUUGCCAUUUUCGAAGAGGUUUCAAUUGGGGAAACUAGAGUUUCCACUCAAAUAUACUUUGGACGAAUCGAUCGGUGAUUUAUUCGAGAAGGGUGCGUUGACAAAGUUUUAUUAUCUGAAGUACUUUUUCAUCAACGAGCUGAAUGUACUGUUCAUCAGUGAACACUCAGAUAAAGUGUUUACUCGUAUCCACCAUUUAACUUGUCAGUUCCUCAACAACAUUGAUAGGUGGUUUUUCAAAGACGAAAAUCUGUUACAAUUCAAAUUUACACUAUUGCAUACCGUCAUAUUGCUACUACCUGACCAUACCGCGUUGAACUUCAAAACACUCCCGGAAAUCAAGGGCAAUUUGCUAUUAGCGGAACGGGAAUGCUACCUUCAAGCUGUUCAAAGUAUGACUACUUUUUCGCUUUCAUUUAAAAAGUACCCAGGGGGGGAUUAUAUCUUUGAUCAAGUUUCGCACUCGUAUAAAGAUGAAGAUAGUUUCCACAAAAGAUUUAUAGGGUACAAUCAAGAAAUCAUGUCGUUGUUUAAUUCUUCUCCAAUAGCGAAGAGGCAACGGACCAUUGAUGUGCUAUCGAUUGAAAUAGGCCUGCUGCAUUAUCAAAGGAAAGAGUACGAAAAUGCCCUUUCGAUUUUUAUCUCCUGUUAUGAAUUUUAUAUCGAGUCUAAUUGGAACCUGAUAGGGUUGCAAAUUCUCAAAGUGUUUGUUGACUCCUUGGUCAAUUGCACUAAGAUAUCCUACAUUGAAUUCAAUGGCUCCCACGUUCCUGUGAAUAAUAUACUAUCCAAUGCGUACUUGAACCUUUUGAAACUGUCGAAGGAUAUCGAUGAAAGGAAACGUUGGUGGCUUAAAUUUCUGGCGGUUAAAAGAAGCAAGAAGGAAGAGGAAGAGGACCCUGUUUUUUUCCCUUUGGAUUUUAUCUUUUCUGUUGAGAAAUGUGCACUGGUGACUCUCAGUAGACCGAACGUCUAUCAGAUCAGUCUUAAAGUGACUGGUAAAUGUCUACCUGAGGAUAUCAAAGCAGAAUACGUGAAAAUCAAACUAAGGGAUUCGAAGGGCAAGGCAGUGGACUUUGCUAGUACAGACGUAUUGCUCUCCGCUGGUACUACAGAGUGUACACUUGAAACGAAAGAUAUUGCAUUUGGAGAAUUUAUGAUCUCCUCUUUGGAGAUCAAAAUUUGUAACACAACUUUUGUGAAAGAGAUCGAGGACACGAAAAUACGUGUUGUACCGAUAUUCAAUCAAGAUAAUGUGAGUGUUGCCGUACGGGAAGCUUAUUCUUUGAAGCUCGGGGAUCAUGCCCUUGAAUUAGAUUUUAAUAAUCUGGAUUCUGCCACUGACUUUGAUAUUGCUUUAUUGGUGAAUAAAGCUGCCCGAGAGGAGGUAUACCCAAUAAGUUUUGGAGCUGAAGAGACGGUCACUGAGUGGGUGAUAAGGAAGGGAGAUGUGCCACAUUUGAUUCCUUACUAUCUGCAUCCUUCAUCUGGCACCUCUUUUUUCAUCACAGCGACAAUACGGUUCGUGAAGAACGGUGUAGAGUACAGAGAUACUAGAAGCCAUUACAUUCAGUGCUACUUGCCCCUCUCUGUAUCCGUGGAGGAUGUUUUCAAAAGGGAUGUCUUCUAUUUCAAAUUUCUUUUCAACUCGUCGAUACGAGACGAGCCGAUCGUUCUCUACAGUGCCGAGUUGCUCCCCGAGCGUGAAGAGAGAUACGAUAUCAACGGGGUCGUCGAGUUUAGUGAGCCCAUUUUCCUGACCUCUUCGCUGGCAAGUGAUAGCUGCCUACAAUGCUACCAGAUCAAGGGUAAAGAGGGCAAGUUCUAUUGCUCCGAUCUGUUCUACUUGAAAGUCGAAUACAACACGUUGAAGGAAAUCCUGGAUUCCUUGGUCACAGAACUUGUAUGGGGGGAGACCCCCUCUCCGGAGUGGGAACCUUGGAAGUAUUUCUGGGAGCAAGAGAUUCUGUCGCGGCUUGUGCACAACUACGACAAAUAUGCGGAGACGCAUACGUUGAUUCUAGAGCCACAAUCCCUUCACCUCCAAAAAAUUUGCUCGUUGAUCGACAGCGUGGCGUUCCCUCGGGACCUCAAGUGCAUAGUUCUGAAAUUCCUUAGAGACUUGACCACUGGGAUCGCAGUGGACGACCCACAAGUACGGAACAAGAAAAUAAAAGCGAGAGCUUUGCACGUCCCCGUGGAGUUCCCCGAAUACGAGCCUAUUUUCCACAUACAGUUUGAACCGGUUCAAGACCCAAAGGAUACAGCGGCACUUCACCCGCAGAUCGGCUGUCCUAUUCCCUUCUCGCUGACUGUCGAAGACCUCAGCAGCCAGUGGGUCGCAAACCCAAUUGCAGUUGACAGACUUUCGCCCUCGCGAGUCCCACCACCCGCGUCACCUUCUCAGGCAACCGACGGCCGCGGGACCUACGUGCUCGAGGUUGCUUCGAGCAACGAGUGGCUCGUCCAGGGCAAGAAGAAGUUCACGAUCCGGGACACCACCACUACGACGACGCCCACGCUUCUACAACGGCACGGAGUGUCCCUCACGCCGCUCAAGACGGGCCACCUUGCGCUCCCUCGAGUGGAGGUGACCACCGAGUGGCAGCAGCAGGCCCGCACAGACCAGCGUAACGCACACGACACGCUGCUCGUCCUGUAG